AUGCAGCAGGCCUCGGUCUUAUUCAGUCCCAUCAAGGAUGGACGCCGGAUCCUGGGCGAAAAAAACUCCAACGCGUGCAUAUCCCCCGCCCAUCAUGGCAAACAGAUCCUCCCGGAUGCCCGAACUCCCGUGAAACGGACGCUGUUCAUGGCAGCUUCGCCAAAGAAACUACUUCCCUCGCCAAUCUUUGCAGGCCAAAAACGGACGAGAGAACAGGUGGAUGAGACCGAUGAAAACAAUGGACACGGGCAGCAGCCGCGGGGCCUCCACGACGAGAGCCUUCAAGCCACCAUGACACCUGACAGCGAAGAGUUGAAUCAUGAUUCGGACGCGCUGGAUGUCCGCGUCGCUACCCCAUCAUCACAACCAGAACGCGACCAGCGGGAUCAAAUGGACCCCGACCGAUCCCCUAACGCGUCGCAGUGCUCAGAAACAUCCUCGAUCCCUGAAGAUCCCAAUGCACGAAAGAUAUUCAUUCAAGAAGUAAGCGGGGCUCAUACCUGUCUUGCAUGCCUUGCCCGCACUUCUCUAACCAUGAUACUCCAGAAAGCCGCACUCCUCCGAAAUACCCUACAAACCGCCAUGCGUAAUGUGACCGAUCACCAGAUUGAUCGACGCGUCUCCGAGCUCGAGGCCCACAGCCGCAAAUGCCCUCGUCUUUCCUUCUCCGCGCUCUCUUCUUCUCCCAUGUCCUUCCGAAAAGCCCUCACCGUCACACCUUCUCAGAUGAAGACCCCGCGCAUUGGCUCGGCUGCAGACUUGAGCUCGACACCUUUCCAAUCUACGCCCGAUCUUCCUGCACGACCAUCAGUCAUGAUGCACACUUCAUACUCCAUAAAGACCGGGCACCGCACCCCUCCUCGCACCUUGGGAUCCCCCAUGCAAUUGAGCAGCCCUCCAGCCACAGUCCGCCAAAGUCGCAGUCGAGAAUUGGUGGACGGAGCAGAACCCGAGGGAGAUCCGGCAUCACAUGACGACUUGUCUCCGUCCCAAAGAGGCGACGCGGUAGACGGGCUGCUUAAAUUGAUGAGCACCUCGGACAGGCAUGACAACCCGGAUGCAUGGAGUGGAUAA